UAGUUAGGUAUCUCAGAGAUUGGUGGUUGUUUAUUUUAUUUUGUUUCAUUUUAAUUCGAUUUCUAAAAAAUAAAAUGAAACAAGGCAAACCCGUGUCUACAGAAAUACAUUUAUACAUAUGUAUGUAUGCACACACAUAACUCACAAAUACAUGAGUUUUAUGAUGUCGGAACUAAAGGAUGCUAAUGACGAGGAAUUUGAAUCUUUGCGAAAUGAGCGUAGUCCCCGAGUAGUAAGCGGUCUUGACAGACCGUAUAAACACAAACCUUUGGGAGAACAAAAUCGUGCAUUGAAACGUCAAGCAACAAUGGUGAUUUUGGGAAACUUGGGUGUAAUGUCGACUGGUAUGGCACUAGGUCUACCAACAAUUACAAAUAAUCCCAUGACUGAUACGACCCAGGUGGCGUAUUUAUCAUUAUCAGAAUUUUCAUGGUUUGCAUCGUUCAAUUUAUUUUCUGCUCCCUUUGGCGGUCUACUUUCUGGUCUACUGUUAGAUAAAUUUGGACGCAAAAAUACUAUUAUCGUAAUGAAUGUUUUAGCGUUGCUCUCGUGGAUUCUUAUGGCAACAGCCAGUUCCGAAAACCAACAAUCAAUGUUUAUACAACUAAUGGUUUCUCGAAUAUUAGUAGGACUUGCAAGUGGUCUUUCUAGCGCACCAGUUGGAGUAUAUUCAGCUGAAAUUAGUACUCCCAAAAUAAGAGGACGUUUGAUACUGGGUACCUCUAUCUCUGUAGCUAUGGGUAUAACUUUAAUCUAUGGCUUGGGAUAUUUUAUACGUGAUGAUUGGCGUUUAAUUGCCUUAAUAUGUUGUGCUUUUCAAAUAAUAACACUCUUAUGUGUCUUACCUCUGCCAGAGUCACCCAGUUGGCUGAUAUCAAAAUCUCGUUUGGCUGAAGCUAGGAAAUCGAUUAAUUAUUUCAGAGGAUUGGAUAAGAAAACUGUUAUUACACAUCCAGAAAUUUUAUCGGAAUUUAAUCUUUUACAAAAAAAUAUACAAUUGACCGAGGGACAAAAGAAACCUUCAUUUCUCAAGUCUCUUAAACUACCAGAAGUUUAUAAGCCUCUUUUAAUAUUGAUUGGUCUUUUUUCGUUCCAACAAUUGACGGGUAUAUUUGUGGUAAUUGUGUAUGCUGUGCAGAUAUCUACUGAAGCAGGUGUUACCAUCGAUCCGUUUAUGUGUGCAAUAAUGAUUGGUCUGGCCCGUGUUGUGACCACUUGCCCCAUGGGAUACAUAUUGGAGAAAUGGGGACGUCGUCGUUCUGGUUUAAUUUCAGCAAUGGGUAUGACCAUUUGCAUGAUUCUGCUGUCGCUACAUGAACAACCUUGGCUGAAAACAAUUCCCUACUUGCCAGUCAUAGCUAUAGUUGCCUUUAUAGUCCUCAGUACGCUUGGUUUAUAUACACUUCCAUUCUUUAUGAUAUCCGAGCUAUUUCCACAAAACGUAAGAGGUCCCGCUUCAGGACUAACAAUUGCAUUUGGUACUUUUGUAUCAUUUGUAUGCACUAAAACGUAUCCCUCUUUGAAAUAUGUAAUUGGUAAAGAGUAUUGCUUUGUCAUGUAUGCUGUUUUCGCAUUUUUGGCCGUGAUUUUUGUUUAUCUUUGGCUGCCGGAAACUAGAGGGCGUACUCUAUUAGAAAUCGAAGAAGAAUUUAGACACGGUAGACGAUCAAGAAAACCAGCAGCACCCGUGGAAAUGGAAGAAAUUUAUGUUAAAUUUAUGUCAUCAAAUCAUAGUGACAAAAUUAAAUUCCAAAAUGUCAAUACUAAACGUAACACACCCAUUCUAUCGAAGGGUCUCAACAGGACCGUUAAAGAGAAACCACUGGGAGAACAACGUAAAGCGGUAUUACGCCAGGAGUUAAUGGUCUUCCUUGGCAACACAGGGGUCAUGGGUGCUGGUAUGGCAGUGGCCUUACCCUCCAUGACUUUGGGCCAAUUAACGGAUAUAACGGAAGAUUUCCAUCUUUCAGAGGAGGAGGCCAGUUGGUUUUCCUCCAUUAAUACAAUGGCUUGUCCCUUAGGAGGUUUAUUGGUUGGUUAUCUAAUGGAUCGGGUGGGGAGAAAAAAAACAAUUGUUUUUACCGAUAUCUGUGGAGUUCUUGGCUGGGCCUUAUUGGCUACUGCUCCCCUGCAUAAAGACAGUUCAGCAAUUUUUACGCAAAUAUUAAUAGGACGUUUUCUUUCAGGAAUCAUGAUUGGCUUGUGCGUAUCACCAGUAGGAGUAUAUUCUGCCGAAAUAAGCUUGCCUAAAAUUCGAGGAAGACUGAUAUUGGGCACAUCGAUAGGUAUAGCAGCAGGAAUCUUAUUUAUGUAUGUUCUCGGUUAUUUUAUAAGGAAUGAUUGGCAACUAAUAGCAAUAAUUUCCACGGCAUAUCAAGUAUUUUCCGCCAUAUGUGCCUUACCCAUGCCAGAAACACCGAGUUGGUUAAUGCAAAAAGGAUAUGCCGAAAAAGCCAGACGAUCUCUGAAAUACUUUAGAGGCCUUAAUAAGAAUGAUGUAUCAUAUUGCGAGGAAUUCGAAAAUGAACUAAGUCAAAUUAAAAGAACUUCGGAAUUAAGCCGUAGCACAGCCGAAAGUGAAUCACUCUUACAGGCUGUAAAAGCUCCUGAGGUCUAUAAACCUCUUUUGUUAAUGAUUGGAUUCUUUGGAUUUCAACAGUGCUCAGGAGUAGUAGUAGUUGUUGUGUACGCUGUUCAAAUAGCCACUUUAGCGGGUGUGUCCAUAGAUCCCAGAUUGUGUGCUGUGUUAGUGGGAGUGGCGCGAAUCAUCACCACAUUUUUUAUGAGCACAAUAUUUGAACGAUGGGGACGUAAACCUGCAGGAGUAAUUUCCGCUGCCGGAAUGACAAUUUGCAUGUUCUUAUUAGCAGCCUCUGGCUGGUUCCCGGAAGAAUUUAAACAAGUUUCUAUUUUACCAGCUAUUUGCAUUGUGCUGCAUAUAGUCUUCUCAACAAUGGGUCUUCUUACUUUGCCCUUUUUUAUGAUCUCUGAAGUCUUUCCACAGCGUGUUCGUGGCAGCGCGUCUGGCUUUUCAGUAAGUUGCGGUUUACUUAUAUCCUUUGCUGUCAUUAAACUGUAUCCGGCCAUGGAAUCAGCUAUGGGCACUGCAAAUCUAUUUGCCUUUUACGGGGUUGUUUCGUUAGUGGCUGUGCCUUUUAUAUUUUUCCUUAUACCAGAAACCAAAGGUCGAACUCUACUUGAAAUUGAAGAAUAUUUCAAAACUGGUCGUAUGACAACUUCCUCAGUGAUCAAUCUGAGUCAACCUGCAAGCCAAAAGAAUAACAACGAUGUUUCCGAUGAUGCUUUAGAAUCAUUUCUUAAACCUUAAAACCCAAAAUGGGUUAAACUUGGUUACUUACAGUGGCGCUGUUGUACUUAUUUCGUACCUAAGAUUUGUCAAAUUAUUCCAAAGAUUUCUAAACAAAAAACGCUAAAAUUAAGUCUGUGAUCAAUGAAACAAAACGAACAUAAGCCAUUAUUCACUGCAUGAUGAAUAAUUAAUACUUUUUUGAAACCUUUUUAAUGCAACAAAAAGUACAAUUUUAAAAUACUUGAAUAUUUUUUGUAUGACCUCAAUUUUACGAUGUUCCCAUCUAAAAUGAAAGUUUAAUUUAUUUUAAGAGGCCGUCUCCUAAAAAGUUUGUUCUACAAAAGAAUUCAAUAAACCUUCAGUUUAGUAGAAAACUUUAACAUAAUUUUGUGAGUCCGUUAUAAAAAUCGGAAUAAGAUUAACAAAACAAUUAUUUAAUACGAUGUACUUAUUUGUAAAAAUCCUAAAAUGUAUGAUAACAAAAUAUUUAAAUAAAUAUAUUUUUAAUGUUUGUAGUAA